UUAGGAGGGAUUUGCGUCAUUUCCGCCAAGUCGUCCUUCACCGAGCCGCUGCUGUAACUCGUGACUGUCAGAAACAUCAUGGCGUGAGUUAAUCCUCAUAAACUUACAGAAACAACAGCAGACAUGUGGAGGAUUCAGAGUUUGGUGGGCAGAGUGUUGAGCCGUUGCCAUGGAAACGCCCCGCUGCGGCUCUCGCAGGGUCAUCACGUGGAGGACGAGGUCAUCAACUCCAGCAUCCUGACCGGCGGACGACACGCGUCUGACAGCAGCAGCUCUCACAGUUCUCACGAUCAGAAGAAGAAGAGGACGUCUCAGUUCUGCUACACUGGUCUGCCCAGAUACACCACUCUCGAUGCAGUGGGAUGGGGCGCCGCUGCGGUACUCUUCAUGCAGCUCUGUCGCAGGAUUCACUCUCGGCUGUCCUCUCACACGGAUCAAAACCCUGGACCGGCUCAGAUACGGAAAUGCUCCUACAAAGUCCUGAUUGAUAUCUUGUCCAGGCCCAAUGCUUUAUCCAGCGGUGUGGCGGUGAAAUGCCUGCAGGGGGCGCUGCAGACCCCCGACAGCGGCUCCAGUGACCGUAGUCAUGGCAACAGUGAUGGAGCCGUGACCUCUGACCUGCAGACGGCGCACAGCUCUGAUGACCAGCAGGAGGAGCCGGUGAGCGAAGCGACACACCACGAUGAAACUCUUUUUCCUGAACAACUGAAACCAGAGGAAGGUGUUUCUCUGGAUGCAGCAGCACAGAAUCUGCGGCGCGUGGCAGACAGCAGCGUUCCUGUAAUCCUCAACAUCAUCGGUCUGGAGAGCGCGAGAGCCAGCGACUACGAGACGGCCUUCUCCUGUUUCCUGACCGCUGCGCAGCACGACUACAGCAAAGCUCAGUUUAACCUGGGAGUGUGUUACGAGAAGGGACGAGGAGUGCAGACAGACCUCAGCAAGGCGGUGCAUCACUACAGACGCGCCGCAGUCGCUGGUCACCGUCAGGCUCAGUAUCGCUGUGCUAAACUCCUCCUGAACAGCAGAGGGCAGCAGAGCUCAGAAACAGACACCACAGCGGCGCUCAACUUCCUGCAGACGGCUGCAGACGCCAGACUCACUGAGGCUCAGGUGUAUCUGGGUGUGGUUUUGUCUCAGUGUCCAGACUGUGAUGAGGAGAAGUGUGUUCAUUAUUUCAGGAUGGCGGCUGAGAGCGGGGACGCCGCGGCUCUCGUGUGUCUGGCUCAGUGCUAUGAGACGGGGUUCGGCGUUUCUCCGUGUGUCCAGACCGCCGUCAGUCUUUAUCAUCAGGCAGCGGCCAGAGGAAACCAGCAGGCCAGAGACGCUCUGAGAGACCGACACAGCCGAGACGUGCUGCGCUCGAUCCGAUCGGCUCCUUGCUUCUCUGUGAUUGGCCAGCUGAAUAUCGACUCCAUGUUUCCUCAAGUGAAGCCCCGCCCACAGCAGCGAUCUGCCAGCCAAUCACAGCCGCUCCCUCAUUCCUGGAGCACAGGAAGUCUGUGUGUGUCGCUUCAGAUGCUCAGUGCUGAAAGCAGCCGCAAGGUUUGGACACUCGGGGUGCGCUAACCUGAUCAGUUCAUCUCUCAUCUUAUAACCGCAUAUGUUAAGCAGCUUAUUUGACAGAUACAAAUGCAUGCAGCCAUUAGAAAUGCACACAGAAACUGUAUGAUCUGACCAAUGAAUGUUCUCAGCCAAUCAGAGCAGAGCAGGAGAGUUCCGAGCUCAGUGAUUGACUGGUUAGGAUCCCAUAGAUUAUUCACGAGCUUUGGUUCAGCCACUUUAAAUGUAUUUUGCCAGUAGAAAGUGUUUGGUUUUGUAUAUAAAUGUGUGUUUGGUUGUGGCCUGAAUGUCUGAAUCCAGUGGAAAGAGUGUUUUUUAUUGAGCGUGUAGAAAGGGAUGUGCCAGAGUAAGCUUAUCUUUAUAUUUUUUGUGUAUAAUUCUGUCUUGAGGAGGUCACAUUGUGUCAUUUUCUUGUUUUCUGUGCUAUUCGGACACAUGUUUACGUGGUUAUAUUAAAACAGUAAGCUCACAUAUUCAUUCAGAAGCAGAAUAAUGAUCGGUUAUCAAGAAUUAACAGAAAAACCAUGUGAUCAGCACUGUUUUACUGUUAAAUUAAUCCCAUGUGCCAAAGGUUUAAUUAACAUGUGCCUUAAUCAGAUGUGCAGUUCAUGGAAAGCCA